AUGAUGCACUUCUAUUUUUAUUGGUUAUUAAUUUUCGCUCGAUUCAAUGUAGCAAUUGCGAAUCGUCUACCAGGUCUGGAUGAACUUAUGUCUGGAUUCGAUGCGGCCAAGAUGGUAUCAGGUUCCGAUCAACAAUCAAAGUUUCGAAUUUUGGACUUAAGUGAACAAUCGGGAGUUAAUUUUACGCUCGAUGUUCUCGGUCAAAAGCAAACAUUUUCCACACCACUGCUUGCUCAAGUAAAUGAUGUCAGUCUUCGUCGUGAAGUGAGCUGUGAAGAUAUAUCAUAUACAUUCGAAAAAUUUUAUGAAAGUCAUUUCCGCUCGAAUUCUUUUCAAGGGGGUAUCUCGGUGGCUGGUUAUGCUGGUCUCGCUAUUCAGUACAGUGAAACAUUAAAAAGGGCUCAAGAAGCAAUUACAAAACAUAAUCAGGCGGUCGGCACAUCAACAUUAUGGUGGGGUCUUUAUUCAAUGCAAUUGGCACCUUCGUUUCAACUCAAAGUUGAUCAAAUGUUCAAUGCAAGUAUCAAUAUGCUUCUCCAACAAGCGUCACCACCCACUACUGAAGAUCAACAACGAUUAUAUAAUCAGUUUGUGGAAUCGUAUGGUACUCAUUACGUUUCGAAAGUGAUCAUGGGUGGAACUGCAUACGUCUACUCGUUUAUCAAUUCAAGCUAUUAUUCCACCGCGAAUACUGAAGAAACAUCGCAACAGAUUGGUCUAAUGUUUGAAUAUAAAAAAUAUCAGGGACAAGGCAGCAUCGAGAGUGCAGAAGUAUUUCAAAAAAUUACCGAAACUUUCAAAAAGAGCACAAGUGUAGUAUCAGAAUAUCAUCCACCUGUUAAUGUUAACAAUGAAGACAAUCAAACGGAGUGGAAUACUUGGCAACUAGAGGCUGGACAGCAUCCGGUCGUGCAAAACAGUUCAAACACAUCUUCGUACAACGAUCGAUUAUUACAUUAUACCAACGGCAAAUUACCUACUCUGGCCCAGAUCCAAUCAAGAGCGGCGGUUGUUCGUCUUUCUUCUUCUGACCGUAAACCACUUGGUCCUCUAGCUGGUCUUGAUGUAGUCGGCUGUGGAUUUGACGUCCUCUUGCUUGAAAGCAAACUAUGUGUUUUGGAUCAAACAAAUACAAGUGAAGGAGAGCUUUGGUUUGAUCCUUACAAUGAUACUAUCACCUAUUCUCUACCAAAUGGUUUUUUUGCUACUAAUACUCCAGAAAAACUUCUUCUUGACAUAACUGUAUUAGUCACAUCAGUCCAAGACUAUUUUCGUUUGACAACCACGACAACGUCAAGCAGUAGUGGUGGGAUUCUUGGCGUUGGUCGAAAGCAUACAGAAACAACAGUCACCGACUUCUAUCGACGAUUUUAUCAUGAUUAUUACAGUCUCGUGUUACGCUUGAUACAAAUUGGUUGGUAUAAACUCUCAACUAAUACAUUUCCUUACCCUCAGCUUACACCGCUUGCUCAACGUGCGAUCGAUCAACUGCCCUCGGUGUUCAAUGAAAGUCAGAUCGAUGUCUGGAAACAAUUCUUUGCAUCCUAUGGUACACAUUUGGUUGAAUCGUCGAACAUGGGUGGUCUUGUAUGGGCUGAAACAUGGUACGAACAGUGUUUGACUUACGAACAUACUGAGACUUGGAUUGACGAGCAAGUGUCACGUAGUUUCAUUGUAUUCAGCACCCAUUCAAGCUCGCAAGACCAUACGCUUGAGAUAGAUGAAAGAUUUAAACAAUUCUCCAUAUUUUCUUCUCAAAUUCUUGGUGGAACGGAAUCGAUUGACCCGGCAAAAUGGAAAGAUUGGCAAUCCACGAUCAAAUUCAAUCCACGACCGAUCUCAUAUCAAUUGGUCACACUCGAUAAACUAUUGCCCGAAGGCAAUAAACGUACAGCACUCAAUGAAGCGAUUCAGUUUUAUUUAAAAAACGCUUUGGAAGAAGAUCGUACGUACAUCAAUAAACUUGAGGCAGAUCGUGAUCCGUUACCUCCAACAAAAUGCAGUCGAAACGCAAUAAAUAACACAAGACACAGCGCUAUUAUUCACCAAAAUGCAGAUCAUACCAUCGAGGAAACAGAAGAAACACUAUGUGACUACGUGGGAUAUAAAGGGAAGCUUUGUCUUCAACGCAGACAGACGACCAAUGCAACAGAUACAGGAUACAAUAAGCUUUUCCUUGGUGUUGGCAUGACUUUCGAUAUAACAACCGGUGACAUUUUGCUUCCAGCUCUGAAAUAUACAUAUUCAAAUAUUACAUUCUGGACAGACUCUUUCACAAAUCGUCGAUAUUUUGUACCCAAAGAAGUGAGCUUCCCAUUGACUGUUGAUAACGACUCAGUUCCUGUGGCUCAUGUUUUUCUUACUGCGGCGGAGCUAUCGAACAGAUGGCGUUACGAUCGAUUACAGGGCGGCUGGCUAGGUGGUGAAUUUGGUCAUUCUCAAUCGUUGUUAGAUAUAUACAAGAAGUACUUUUCAUCUGAGGAAUCAGUCGCCAUCACUCAGCAUCCGACUGUUUUGUACCGAAUGCGUGUCGAAGAUUUCCAGUUAAAUGAUCAAGCACGUGCAGCAACUGAUGCUCUUACUUCAACUUACAACGAGUCGCUAUAUUCAGACUUUCUUCGCGUGUGGGGAACUCACAUUGCUCAGCAGUCGUUAGUUGGUGGAAUGCAUGAGCAACACGUGUUGUUCAAAGACUGCGUCUUCUCAUUCAAUAGUGCCAUCACUUCAGCAAAUCUUACCGAAUAUCUCAAACAGGAUAUUCUCCGUCAAACCCUCGGAAAUGAUUUUUACGCGAAUCGACGUCAGAUCAAAGUGGACCACCUACUCGGUGGCGAUGCAACUUUGAGCAAUAAUACACUCUGGCGUCAAAGCAUCGCUGCUAACCCUGCAUUACUCAAAAUCGAAUCCUACACACCAUGGUACGAGGUAGCGACACUUAAUGACACUGUGAAAGGAAAUCUUCGUCGAAUUAUUCAACGUCGAACGAGGGAAGCCGAUUUAGCUCGUGCGCGUGACGAAGCCACAUUAAACAAAAACCUACUUAACCGAAAUCUAGAGGCAAAGAAAGCCUAUAUUGGACUAUUAAAUGGCGGCACAUGUUCUAUUUCAGGCCCAAUAAUGCUGGAAUCAGUCUCUAAAUGUAUCAAUGGAUGUUCGACUCCAAUAUCAAUCAAUUCAACAAUAGAUGUCAUGGAAAGUCGACCAUUGGAGUAUUUCCGAGAUUCAGAAACAGGUUUUGUACGUGCACAUCUUCGAGUUAACGCACAAACAACUCUCGAUGGACCACGUGUACAUAUUGGUUGUUCGUCAAUUAGUACACCAGCAAUGUUAACUCAAUCCGUGCAUAUUUGUAUCAAAUGUGAAUUGAUUAACAGUUUUGCCAAUCAGUGCACAUGUGUAUGUCCAUCUUAUCCUCCGUCUGUCAAUACAACAGCUGCAACUCCGACACUAUAA